CCUACCUAUGUGCCUCGUCAAGGUACAACGUGUAGGUACAGCUAGUAGUCCCGAGGCGCAAAGAACUAAGGGUCAAGAACUAAGAACUGAGAAAUGGACCUCCCUCGGCUUAUACAUAGUGUAGUGUACUGUGCCACUCCUGGGCCCCCGUAUAUUCGCCCACAGUCUCGCGGAGCGGGCCCCACACGGACUCAAACUGAUGUUCGAGUCAGACACGUCCAGAGGUCCGAUCGCCAAUGACAUCCAGGCAUCCGAUUGACCGUCAAAAGCGAAGUCGAAACCCCGAAGAGUUACUCUUCUUGAGAUUGAUCGGGAGCGACCGGUCUAGCGGCUAUUUCCCCAUCUUCCCUUCCCCAAUGUUGCCAUGUCCCCGACAGCCUCCAUCCACCCAUGAUGGGGAGGAUGACCGGGGAAGAAGAUGAAGCCAGUCAGGGCACCCACGCUCCGGUUCCAGUCCGUGUCUCCGCCGAACCUUGCUUGGCCAUGACUGUGUUCCUGAUUCAUAUGUUUGGAGCUCCGUCUGCUUCUUCCUCGGUUCCUUUCUUAAGAAACUUGGUCCCCCUCCCAAUUCCUUUUCCUCUCUGAAUUUCUUUGUUCUUACUGUUCUGUAUCACAUCACCGACUCCGAGUUUCAAGUCAACACCGCCACCUUGAACUCCUACCCAUCCACACGACAUCAUCCUUUUACCGUCCUUGCUUUGAGUGCUAGGUACCACUAAAUACCCACGACAUCAACUACACACACUACAGUUGUGUUGCCUCACGUCUUAAUCCUUAUUAUAUAUACCCCUUGAUCGUUUUUCAUACCACACCUGCCCAUCAUGGCUGCCAACAACAUGGUCAACCCCGCCGUGGAUCCCGCUCUCGAGGACGAGCUUUUCGCCAAGGAGGUCGAGGAGGUCAAGAAGUGGUGGAGCGACUCACGCUGGAGGCAAACCAAGCGCCCUUUCACCGCUGAGCAGAUCGUCUCCAAGCGUGGAAACCUCAAGAUCGAGUACGCCAGCAAUGCGCAGGCCAAGAAGCUUUGGAAGAUCCUCGAGGACCGCUUCGCUAAGCGCGAUGCCUCUUACACAUACGGCUGCUUGGAGCCUACCAUGGUGACCCAGAUGGCCAAGUACCUCGAUACCGUCUACGUUUCCGGCUGGCAAUCAUCCUCGACCGCCUCCUCUUCUGACGAGCCCGGCCCGGAUCUUGCUGAUUACCCCUACACCACCGUCCCCAACAAGGUUGGCCACCUCUUCAUGGCCCAGCUCUUCCACGACCGCAAGCAGCGCCAGGAGCGCCUCUCCGUCCCCAAGGACCAGCGCGAGAAGCUCGCCAACAUCGACUACCUCCGCCCCAUCGUUGCCGAUGCUGACACCGGUCACGGUGGUCUGACCGCCGUCAUGAAGCUCACCAAGCUCUUCAUUGAGAAGGGUGCUGCCGGUAUUCACAUUGAGGACCAGGCCCCUGGUACCAAGAAGUGCGGCCACAUGGCCGGCAAGGUCCUCGUUCCCAUCCAGGAGCACAUCAACCGUCUCGUCGCCAUCCGUGCCCAGGCUGAUAUCAUGGGCUCCGACCUCCUCUGCAUUGCCCGUACCGAUGCCGAGGCCGCCACCCUCAUCACCACCACCAUCGACCCCCGCGACCACGCUUUUAUCCUCGGCUGCACCAACCCCGACCUCGAGCCCCUCGCCGACCUCAUGAUGAAGGCUGAAGCCGAGGGCAAGACCGGUGCCCAGCUCCAGGCCAUUGAGGACGACUGGCUCGCCAAGGCCGACCUUAAGCGCUUUGACGAGGCCGUCCUUGAUGUCAUCGCCAAGGGCAAGUUUUCAAACGCCAAGGACCUCGCUGCCAAGUACCAAGCCGCCGUCAAGGGCAAGCAGAUCUCCAACCGCGAGGCGCGCGCCAUUGCCCGCCAGCUGCUCGGCCAGGAGAUCUUCUUUGACUGGGAGUCCCCCCGUACGCGCGAGGGCUACUACCGCCUCAAGGGCGGCUGCGACUGCUCCAUCAACCGCGCCAUCUCCUACGCUCCCUACUGCGACGCCAUCUGGAUGGAGUCCAAGCUUCCCGACUACGCUCAGGCCGAGGAGUUCGCCAAGGGCGUCCACGCCGUCUGGCCCGAGCAGAAGCUCGCCUACAACCUUUCUCCCUCCUUCAACUGGAAGACCGCCAUGGGCCGCGACGACCAAGAGACGUACAUCCGCCGCCUCGCCAAGCUCGGCUACUGCUGGCAGUUCAUCACCCUCGCGGGCCUGCACACCACGGCGCUCAUCAGCGACCAGUUCGCCAAGGCGUACAGCAAGAUCGGCAUGCGCGCCUACGGCGAGCUCGUCCAGGAGCCCGAAAUUGACAACGGCGUCGAUGUCGUCAAGCACCAGAAGUGGUCGGGCGCCACGUACGUGGAUGAGCUGCAGAAGAUGGUCACCGGUGGUGUCAGCUCGACGGCGGCGAUGGGCAAGGGUGUCACUGAGGAUCAGUUCCACUAGAUGUGUGAUGCGAAUAGAGUGAUGGUUUCAUGAUUUUGGGAGUUUUCACAUUUCUGGAGUUUUCUUUUUUUGCUUUAUGGCGGUCUAUUAUUUUUUUCCCCUUUUCUUCUGGAUAUCAAACAGGACAUGACAGGACAUGACAAACGGAUCGCAUAUGGUUGGGGAGAUACAAAACUUUGUGCGCUGUAUCGUUUUUGGAUAGGGGUAUGCCCCGUGUGAUGACCUUGAUGGCGUUACGCUGAGGCUUUGUUUAUAGGUAUUGUUGUGAUUCCUGUUUGGCGAAAUCCAAAUCACUUUUGACCAAACUUUAUGCCUCUUG